AUGGAUGCCCAGUGCAAGAUUCUGAAGAAGCAAGAAUUCAGCCCGAUGGGAGUCCGAGUUCACGUUGUGACGGCCUCUGCCCUGCUGCAUUUCAUCCUGCUUUCUGGGACGAAAUGCGAGGAAAACUGUGGUAAUCCUGAACAUUGCCUGACCACAGACUGGGUACAUCUCUGGUAUAUAUGGUUGCUGGUGGUAAUUGGCGCGCUGCUUCUCCUGUGUGGCCUGACGUCCCUGUGCUUCCGCUGCUGCUGUCUGAGCCGCCAGCAAAAUGGGGAAGAUGGGGGCCCAGCACCCUAUGAAGUGACCGUCAUUGCUUUCGAUCACGACAGCACUCUCCAGAGCACUAUCACAUCUCUGCAGUCGGUGUUUGGCCCUGCAGCUCGGAGGAUCCUGGCUGUGGCUCACUCCCACAGCUCCCUGGGCCAGCUGCCCUCCUCUUUGGACACCCUCCCAGGAUAUGAAGAAGCUCUUCACAUGAGUCGCUUCACAGUAGCCAGGUGCGGGCAGAAAGCACCUGAUCUACCCCCAGUGCCUGAAGAAAAGCAGCUGCCUCCAAUAGAGAAGGAGUCAACUUGA